AUGCUGAACUCCAGUCAGGUGACCCUCACUGACCUGAACCGGGAAGAUGGUGAUCCAGGAUCGUCGGUUCAAGAAGCGUGUAAAGCGGCUCCGUUUAUGACUCGCCUGAUGCCUGUGAGCAGUUUGGCAGAUAGUGAUAGUGCUUCUAGCUAUAAAAGUCGUGACAAGAGACGAUCUAGUGUAAAAAUCGAUCGUCGUGUGUACAUGCAACAAUAUACAUCUUCGCUUUCAUCCAUAUCAACUGACCGAGAUGAUUGUGAUACACUACGGUUGUGUAAAACCGUGACCAAUUCCCGGGGUUUCAAUGAUUUUUGUGUACAGAAGAUUCGUCAGGCAUCGUUUGGUCGUCGCGAGAUCGAAAUUGCCGAGCAAGAGAUGCCGGGUUUAGUCGCGUUGAGAAAACGUGCCAAUGACGAUCAACCAUUACGAGGUGCCAAAGUUUUGGGUUGCACCCACGUCACUGCACACACGGCUGUUCUACUUGAAACAAUGGUCGCCCUCGGUGCUCAGGUUCGAUGGUGUGCUUGCAAUAUCUACUCAACUCAGGUGUUGGACGAUGGAGGUGAUCUGACUCAUAAACUGCACAAAGAUUAUCCGGAAUUGUUGUCUGAUGUUCGUGGUAUUGUGGAGGAGAGUGUGACCGGUGUGCAUCGGUUAUAUCAAUAUGUGAAAGCCGGUACGCUCCGUGUCCCAGCGAUGAACGUGAGCGACAGCAUUAACAAGUCCAAAUUCGACAACUAUUAUCUUUGCAAAGAGUCGGUUGUUGAUGCCCUAAAACGUACAACAGACAUGAUGAUCAGUGGCAAAACCAUUCUCGUUUGCGGAUACGGUGAAGUUGGCAAAGGGGUGUGUCACGCCUUGAAAGGUAUCGGUGCUUUUGUGUGCGUUACCGAAACGGACCCUAUUUGCGCUCUUCAGGCAUGUAUGGAUGGAUAUCGGGUGGUGAAAAUUGACGAGGUCAUUCGCACGGUCGAUGUUGUGAUCACAUGUACAGGCAACAAAUCUGUUGUAACCCGUGCUCACAUGGAUCGUAUGAAAAAUGGCUGUGUGGUAUGCAAUAUGGGUCAUUCUAACACGGAAAUCGAUGUGCGCUCAUUACAAACCCCUGAUCUUACGUGGGAGCGAGUUCGGUCUCAAGUUGAUCACGUGAUUUGGAUGGAUGGAAAACGAAUCGUAUUAAUAGCUGAAGGCCGACUUGCUAAUCUCAGCUGUUCUACCGUACCGUCCAUUGUCGUCUCUGUCAGUGCUAGUACUCAACUGAUGAACAGCUGUUUUCCCACCCGUCUGAUUCCUCCAUGCACGUCUUACGACGAUUCUUUUCCAGACGAAUAUGUGGCCACGCUACAUCUGCCACUUUUCAACGCCCGGUUAACUGAGCUAACGGACGAACAAGCGAAGUAUUUGGGUGUGAGCAAAAGCGGUCCAUUUAAACCGACCAAUUACCGGUGA